CGCAGCCGAACGCGCUAACCACCCGCACCAUCGAGCUACUCAUUAUUGUCUCAAACCUUUUCCGAAUCUAAUUGCGGAAGAUAUUGUUGUGUUGACUGUGAUAACUUAUCCCUGAGUAGUACACUGAUAACGACGCCCAUUUAAAUGUCUUACAUCAGCCACAACAACAGCAAUCAGUUUUAUCACCAUAAGGCUCAAAGUGAAAGUAGAAGUUCUUUUUUUUUAGUCCUAACAUUUAAGUUGUGCGGAUCAGUUCAUCUGAUCUGAAACCGCGUUUUGGUCGCAUACAGUUUUAGUAAAAGCUUUGAGAAUUACGCUGAUAAAGGAAGAACCGGGUGAGUCCGGCGCGUUCGCGAGUGCCGGGCGAGCGGGUGUGGUCCGCUCGGAGGAGACGCGACGGGACGUAGACCCGCCCUGGUUGCGACACGCGCCCACCAGCUGACACUACCACCACACAUGCACCAGGGUAAAUGAAAAUGAAUGUAUCGGAGAAGCAGCGCAUCCGCGUGAUGGAGGGCGAUUGGAGCCCCCUGUCUGUGGGGCGGCAUAUCGUCGACGGGGGCCUGCAGGAGGAUCCCUUCUACGUGAUGGACGUUGGAGAAGUGGUCGCCCGCUACCACACCUGGCGCGAGCUGAUGCCGCGCGUCGAGCCAUUCUACGCGGUGAAAUGCAACGACGACAAGUUGCUAGUGGCGACCCUAGCGGCUCUCGGGACCGGCUUCGACUGCGCCUCCAAGGCGGAGAUCGAACUGGUGACCAGCAUCGGUGUGCACCCUGAGCGCAUUAUUUUUGCGAACCCGGCCAAGAUGGCGUCGCACAUCAAGUACUCGGCGCGCGCGGGAGUCGACACCAUGACCUUCGACUCGGAGGCCGAGCUCAUGAAGAUCAAGCAGCACAUGCCGCAUGCCCAGUUGGUUCUCCGCAUCCGUUGCGACGCGGCGAAGGCUCGGUGCCCGCUCGGCAUUAAGUUCGGUUGCGACCCCGUGACCGAGGCGCCGGGGUUGCUCAAACUCGCCGCCGUGUUGGGACUACAGGUGAUCGGCGUGUCGUUCCACGUGGGCUCAGGCACGCAGGAGACAGGCGUGUAUCUGCGUGCGAUCCAACAUUCGCGAGCGGUGUUCUCACUUGCAGCGGACGUCGGACACGCGAACAUGCGCCUUCUCGAUAUCGGUGGGGGAUUCCCCGGCGCUCUGCACUCGGACAUACGCGAGGUGUCGCAAGUGAUAAACGGCGCAUUGGAGACAUACUUCAGCGAUCGUUCUGUCCGAGUGAUCGCAGAGCCGGGCAGGUACUUCGCAGCCGCUGCCUACACAUUGUUCGCUAUGGUGCACUCUAGUAGGAGGGUCACUCAGAAGGACCAGGAGGGCGUCGAGCAGAGCCACACCAUGUACUUCAUCAACGUCGGUGUCUAUGGAUCCUUCAACUGCGUGCUCUACGACCAAUUCACGUGUUACACUAACGAGGGCGUGGUGGCAGAGACUAUAAAGCCCAAAUGCGAGAAACCUCAGCCAUGUUCUGUGUGGGGCCCCAGUUGCGACAGCAAAGACUGCGUACUUCCCAAUACUUUCCUCCCGCCGUUGUCCACGGGGGAUUGGCUCAUGUUCAGGGAUAUGGGCGCGUAUAGUUUAUGCAUCACUUCCGCCUUCAAUGGAUUUCCGGUGCCGAAGGUGCGAGCCGUUAUAGACUCUAGUGUGUGGUCUGUGUUGAAAGAUCUAUGGCCGCUCAGCGAUUCUCACUUCUGCCGCGGCGACCCGAUGACGGGCCCGCAGAGCGCCGACCAGCCGAUACUGCCGUCUCCAACCGGCACACCCAUGCCGUGUCUAUCGCACUCGACUGAGCCCGUAUUGGUCGAGUGCGCCCUCAAGUGAAAAGUACCCGCCAUACCUAAACGCUAGCUAAAAGCAAUAACCGCUUUAGGUGCUACAAUGCCACAAUAGUGACUAUUUGUAGCAUCGCAGACCCUAUAUUUCUUCAAACUUAUGUUCUAUUAAAUAAAUACAUAACUAAGCA